AUGGUGGAGCAAGAUAAUGGGCCUUUACAGAAACUGCUCAAGACACAAUACGAUGCUGUCUUCCAUUUAAAGGAUGAAAAUGGUAUAGAAAUAUAUCCAAUAUUCAAUGUACUGCCACCAAAAAAGGAAUAUCCAGACUACUACAUUAUAAUAAGGAAUCCAGUAUCUUUAAACACUUUAAAGAAACGAUUGCCCCAUUAUACAUCACCACAAGAUUUUGUAAACGAUUUUGCGCAAAUUCCUUGGAAUGCAAUGACUUACAAUGCAAAAGAUUCAAUAAUUUAUAAAUAUGCUACCAUUCUUGAGUCAUUCAUCAAGGGCAAAAUCAUGCUGAACAUAAGAAAAUAUUAUCCAGACGUGACAUAUCCGUCUUUAGGUCGAAUUCCGGAAAUACUGGGGGAGGCGAUACAACCUUCGAAUUUAUCCCCGGAUCCCACCAAUACACAGGAGAAUGAUGAAAGAGCUGGUUUAAAUUCAGAGAUGAAAAUGGCUUUCGCAAAACUGGAUAGUUCGAUCACUGAAAAGAAACAAACCAGCCAAGACUACAGGAUACAACAAAAAAACUCACCAGCGUUUCCAACACAUUCUGCCUCCAUAACACCGCAGCCGCUGGCUUCGCCCACUCCAGCUGUUAACUAUACAAAUAUCAACUCGACGCAUCCAAAAACCCAUGUUAGACGCGGUAGGCCACCAGUCAUUGAUCUUCCCUACGUCCUAAGGAUUAAAAACAUCUUGAAGAUGAUGAGAAGAGAGGUCGACCAAAAUAAUAAGACGCUUACGCUCUGUUUUGAAAAAUUGCCGGAUAGAAACGAGGAGCCAACCUAUUACUCUGUAAUAACAGAUCCUAUUUGUCUGAUGGAUAUUAGGAAAAAGGUUAAGUCCAGAAAAUAUAGAAACUUCCACAAUUUUGAGGAAGAUUUUCAAUUAAUGCUAACGAAUUUCAAGCUCUAUUAUUCUCAAGACCAGAGCAAUAUAAUACGAGCUCAAUUAUUGGAGAAAAACUUCAAUAGAUUAGUAAGAAUUGAACUAUCCAAACCUGACGAAGAUUAUUUACCUGAAGGUGAAUUAAGGUAUCCUCUAGAUGAUGUGGAAAUUAAUGAUGUGAAGUUUCAGAUAGGUGAUUGGGUUCUUUUACACAAUCCAAAUGACAUCAAUAAACCUAUUGUUGGUCAGAUUUUCAGAUUAUGGUCAACCACAGAUGGAAAUAAAUGGUUGAAUGCUUGCUGGUAUUUUAGACCAGAACAAACCGUUCAUCGGGUUGAUAGAUUGUUCUAUAAGAAUGAGGUUAUGAAAACUGGUCAAUAUAGAGAUCACCCUAUUCAGGACAUUAAGGGAAAGUGUUACGUUAUUCAUUUCACCAGAUUUCAGCGUGGGGAUCCCAGCACGAAAGUCAAUGGUCCUCAAUUUGUUUGUGAAUUCCGUUAUAAUGAAAGUGAUAAAGUUUUUAACAAAAUAAGGACUUGGAAAGCUUGCUUACCAGAAGAACUCCGUGAUCAAGAUGAAGCGACGGUGCCUGUUAAUGGAAGAAAGUUUUUUAAAUAUCCUUCUCCAAUAGCAGAUUUGUUACCGCCAAAUGCUACCUUAAAUGACAAAAUUCCAGAACCCACGGAGGGAGCCCCAACGGCCCCACCCUUGGUGGGCGCCGUAUAUUUGGGCCCCAAAUUAGAGAGAGAUGAUCUGGGAGAAUAUUCAACCUCCGAUGACUGCCCACGAUACAUAAUCAGACCAAAUGAUCCACCAGAAGAGGGCAAGAUCGAUUACGAAACUGGUACAAUAAUCACUGAUACUUUAGCAACAAGCAGUAUGCCAAAGGUAAACAGUUCGUCUACGAUACGUUUAGCCACUUUAAAGCAGACGAAAUCAAUUUCUAACUCCAAUUUUAGGUCUUCAUCAAAUACUCCACUAUUGCAUCAGAAUUUCAAUCAGACUUCCAAUCUUUUGAAAAUGGAAAACAUGAAUGAUAACUCGCAUAAUUUAUUAUCGCAUCCUUCCAUUCCUAAAUUUCAAUCCCCUACUUUAAUAGAACAGACUAGCCGUUCUAAAUACCAUAAUGCAAAAAAAAACUCACAGCUAUCAUCAACAGCUCCCAAAAAGCCUGCAUCUAAAAGUUUUACACUAUCCUCAAUGAUCAAUAGCUUAACUGCUCAUACUUCCAAGUACAACUUCAACCAUAUUGUUAUUGAAGCUCCGGGUGCAUUUGUGGUUCCUAUCCCAGUGCAAAAAAAUAUAAAAACCAUACAAUCAACAGAACGUUUCAAUAAAUCAAGUCUAAAAAACGCUCAAAAUCUCGGUACAAAUGUUACCGAUGAUACAAAUGCCACAAAUGAACAAAUUAUAUGGUUUAAAGGGCCCGGCAUAAAAAUCACAGAAAGGGUUAUUGAUUCCGGGAAUGAUUUGGUACGAGUGCCUUUGAAUAGAUGGUUCUGUAAAAACAAAAGAAGAAAACUGGAUUAUGAAGAAAUUGAAGAAGAUAUCAUAGAACCACCCAAUGACUUCAGUGAAGAUAUGAUUGCUAGUAUUUUCAAUCCUCCGGCGAGCUUGAAUUUAGAUAUGGAUUUAAAUCUAAGCCCAUCUUCGAAUAACUCUUCCAAUUUUAUGGAUUUAAGCGCAAUUGCCAGCGGUGAUAACGAUGGAAAAGAAUGCGAUACGGCAGAAGAGAGUGAAGAUGAAAAUGAAGAGACAGAUGACGAACAUGAAAUUGAAGAUAUUCCGACUACUUCAGCUUUUGGCUUAAAUUCAUCUGCUGAAUACCUUGCAUUCAGAUUACGAGAACUCAAUAAAUGA